CUUUCCACAGCAUCAGCUCUCCUCCUCUGGGUGGAGCCCUUCCUGCCCCUCCCCGUUCCUCAGCUGCAGGCAAUUAUUCUGGCAGUAUUUAGGAGCAGCGCACACAAUGAAUCUUCACCAGAUUGUCUGCUAACCUCAUCGGUACCUGGACUCGUCAUUCCAAACCCUGCCAUAGCCUCGCUUCUGGAUUCCGGUCAGCUGCUGCUUAAUCCUUUUCAGACAAACUGCCAUUCUCACCUGCCUGCCUCCCUGCCCACCUGUAUUGGACUCAGCACUCGCCUGGACCUCGCCUCGCCCCCACCUCCAGCUAAUCCCCGCCUGCGAACACUUCCUCCCUCAGUGUCUCUCCUCUACAUGACUUCCUCCUCUCCAGUCACCUGCCAUGCUACUGGUUUCUAUCCUCAUAAAAUCAUGAUGUUCUGGAAGAAAGAUGGAGUGGAGAUCCAUGAGCAUGUGGACAAAGGAGAUAUUUUCCACAACUAUGAUGGGACCUUCCAGUCGAGUGUUAACAUGAAUGUUCUAUCAGUGCCAGCUGAAGACUGGAUGAGCUACAGCUGUGUGUUUCAGUUCUCUGUUGUGGAGGACAACAUCGUCACCCAACUGAACAAAUCAGCGAUACGGACCAACUGGGGCAAAAUUGAAAAUCGAACAUAUAAUAUUGACCAGUUGUUAAACUGAUGAAUCUAAACUUGUUAUUUAUUUAGUAAAAGAAGUGACUUUUUCAAAUCUUUGACCUGAUAUUUGAAAAAAAGAAUUUUUUUCAUUAUUUCAAAUUUUCAUUAUUGUUUUUAUUAGAGCUAAAAGUUAUUUAAGUUGUACUGGCACUAAUUAAGUUUGGGUUUGUUUUCAUAGAGAAAAUAAUGCAUAAGCCAUAAAAUGUUAAAUCAACAGUUUAACAUUUUUUUAGAUAUGCUGUAAAAUAUGUAGUAAAUACUAUGUAUUUGUACAUACAUAAAUACAUCAUUCACCUACUGUACUGUGUCAUAGAUUACGCUACCAUUGCAUUUGUAAUCAGUGUGAUAACAGGGAGGAUGUACUGAAUAUACAUUAUGAUCUGAUUAUCUUUUACUCAUCUUUUUUUACCUGAGCAGAGAGGCCCAUGAUGAUCCCCGUCACUGCUGUGGUUGUUCUUGUUCAUCCUCAUUGGUGCAGUUUGAUUUGUUGUUUACAAAAGGAAGAAAGGCAAGAGAUGUAAAAGAGGUGAGCUGAUAUUCUUAUAAAGACUGGAAAACUGAAGCUAAUACUGUAGUACAUUAACACAUGAGGGAAGCGAUAAGAGCAGCACAAGACUCAGAAUCACAUUCAGUAUGUCAAGUAAAAAAAGUAAUGCUUUCUGUAUUUAUAUGUCAUACAGAGUGACUGAGACCGGUUUUUCAAAAUGUAAAAGCUGAAUUUUGUUACCUGGAUUAUAUUUUUCAGAAAACAUUCCUAUGUAUCGUAAGUAUAACAUUUUAUUU